AUCCAUAAUUAAUUUUGUUUUGAGAUUUUUUACAGAUAUUUUUAUUAGCGCACUUAAAAGGAAAGAGACCUGCAACAAGUCAACACCUAGUGUUGUCACCGGUGAUCGUCGUUUUAACGCAGACUUCUUCCAUCCAUCCCCAAAAAUAUCUUCCUCAAAAUCCAUAACCUUCACCCUCAAUCAAUCUUCCUUCCUUCCACUAGAUUCAAACUUUAACCAACCCACCCAAUGCAUCCAGAUCAUCCACCAAUAAACACAAACCCUAAUUUCCCAAACCACCACCAGGAGCACCUCAACUGCCCUAGAUGCGCCUCCACCAACACCAAAUUCUGCUACUACAACAAUUACAACCUCUCCCAGCCUCGCCACUAUUGCAAGGACUGUCGCCGCUACUGGACCAAAGGCGGCACUCUCCGUAACAUCCCAAUCGGUGGAGGCACUCGCAAAAUCACAAAACGCAAUUCCACUGUAAACAAUCGCACAUCUCCAGUCACUCCAACGACCUUGAUGACGAAACCUCCGGUACCAGUGACGGAGAAAUCCGAAUCUGGAUCUUCUGGUAGUGGUUAUUCUGUUGGACCGUUAGGGAGUUUGUUAAUGGAAGGUGCGAAUAAUAAGAAUGGAAAUUCGAAUGGUGAUGAUUUUGGAAGCGGUUUGUUGAGGUUGAAUCAUCAACAGAAUGGAAAUGGUGUUGGAUGGGUUGACCUUUCCAUUUUUACACCUGCUUCGAGGUUCUGUUAAAACUUUAGUUGUUAAGUGUCUUAUAUUGUUAUUAUAUAUUUUAAAUUGUAGCAAUACAAUUUAUACCUACUUGGUAGUUAAAUGAUUUAACUUAAAUCAUAUAAGGUUGUGAGACUUGUUGUUUAUUGGUUGAUAUUGAUGAUCAAGAAAUGAAAUUAGUUAUGGUGUUUGGGUUGA